AUGCUUAAUGAUCAGCAACAAGUUAUAAUGAUGCAAAACUUAAUACGCAGUGACCCUCUCUACUGGGCUCCAUUAUUGUCACAAUUUGCUUCCAAUCCUUAUUUAAUGCAUCGUUUACUUCCAGCAUUUCUUUCUACCCCUAAUAUUCCAAUAACAACAUCAAUUAAUUCCAAUUCCCCAUUUACUAAUUCCUCCUCUUCUGUUGCCAGUACUUCUUCAACAUUAUCUACCUCAACAACAACAACAACUUUAUCAAACACAGAAACAAUUGAUGAAAAUAAAAUAAAAACAAUUUCUGGAUUAAUAAAAAAUGAAGAAGAUUUAAAUAUAAAAGAAAAAGAAAAAUUAAAAGAAGAAAAUGCUUCGAGUUUCACUGGAAAACUUGGAAAGCGAAAACAUGUUUUAAAUGAGGAGAGUGAAGAAAUUGUAAAAAAAGUUGCAAAAGAGGAAGUUUAG